AUGUACAUUUUCAACUUUUUUAAAGACAAAGCACGACAAUUGAGAAAAUCAUUAAAUGAUGGUAACAGAAGACACGAUUUGAGUAGAUCAAAUUGUGAUCUAGAGCUGGCUAAGGUAUCGGAAAAUGUUUGCGAAAGGGCUCAAACGAAUGAACCAGUACCAGUUGAAAAAUUAAACUGGGAUUCAUCUGAAGAUAAAGGAAACCCAUAUAAUUGGCCCCAGUGGAAGAAGUGGUACGUGACUUUGACAGUAGCUAUGAUUUGCUUGUGUGUGUCAAUAGGCAGUUCGUUGUAUGUCGCAGGUGUUCCAGACAUGGUGAUUCGGUUUGGUGUAUCUCAAGAGCUUUGCAUUUCUGGUUUAAGUUUCUACUUGAUUGGUUUGGCUAUUGGUCCAGCAGUUGCAGCUCCAUUAUCUGAGAUUUUUGGGCGUCGAUUCAUCUUUUUCUUUUCUUUGCCUAUUUCAAUGCUAUUUGCCAUGGGUGUUGGGCUUUCCAAAAACAUUUGUUCUAUUUUAAUCUUGAGAUUCUUCUGUGGAUGUUUCUCAUCUCCAGCCAUGGCUGUAGCUGGUGGUUCAAUAAGCGAUAUUUGGAAAUUUCAAGAUAUUGGCUUUGCUAUGUCUAUGUUUUCCUUAGCUCCAUUCUUAGGACCUAUCUUGGGACCAAUUAUUGGUGGCUUUGCCGUUGAGAAAAAGGGAUGGCAAUGGACUACGUGGAUAUACUUAAUGGUGUCAGGAAUCAUUCUUCCAUUUGUAUUAAUGUUGCCAGAAACCUAUAAGCCAAUUAUCUUGUCUAAAAGAGCUGAAAGGGGUGGCAUCGAAUUAAUUAAACCUCCGAAAGACAAAGAUUAUGUAAAGAAUAUGGCCACAGUAACUUUAUUGCGUCCUUUAAAAAUGUUGAUUGUUGAACCUAUUGUGCUUGUUCUUGCGAUUUAUAUUUCUUUUGUUUUUGCUGUUUUAUUUGGUUUCUUCGAAGCCUAUCCGAUUAUUUUUGAGGGUGUAUAUCAUAUGAGUCUUGGAAUUUCUGGCUUACUGUUUCUUGGUGUUGGAAUUGGCUUGAUGUGUGGGGCGGUAUUUUUUAUCACUAUAGAUAAGAUGGUGUAUAAUCCUAGAAACGCUGAUGGAACUAGAGGUAAGAGAGACAAAGAUGGAAAUCUUAUCCUAGGGACACCGGAAUCAAAACUGCUUUGUGCAGAAGUCGGUGCUGUCAGUUUGCCAAUAGCAUUAUUCUGGUUGGCAUGGACGGGUAGAACAGAUUCGGUUCAAUGGAUGGUUCCCAUUGCGGCUGGAGUACCAUUUGGUUUUGGCUUGUUCUUAAUCUUCCUUUCUGUCAUUUACUACUACUCCAUGUCAUAUCCACCAACCACUCUUGCUUCUGCUAUAGCAGCAAACAAUUUAUUGCGUUAUUUAUUGGCUUCGGCGUUUCCGUUAUUCACCGUAAAAAUGUACAACAGAUUACAUAUAGAAUGGGCCACUUCUUUGCUUGGUUUCAUUGCAUUAGCUAUGGUUCCGGUGCCCUUCCUUUUCCGAAAAUUUGGCGCUAAAUUGAGAAAAAAAUCUAAGUUCGGUUAUGCUGCUCUAUUUAAACGUUCUCCAGAACAAAAGGCUCAUGAAUAUCAAUAA